CUCUUGUAGAAGACCCAAUGGAACAGGAACAACUGCUGCAGAUCCCCAAGAUGUCAACGGUCACAGUAACUGAGAGUUGGGAGAAAACGGACCUGAUGUACAUCUCCAUUGAGAGCACUAUCGCCCUGGCAUCAGUGCUUGGGAACGUGCUGGUGGUCUUGGUGGUGUGCAUGAACCAGGGUUUCAGAGACCCGACCUUCUGCUUUAUUGUCUCUCUGGCGCUGGCCGAUAUAGCGGUCGGCGUUCUUGUCAUCCCGCUGGCGGUGGUCAUCAGCCUGGGUCUCACCACACAGUUUUACACUUGCCUCUUCAUUUCGUGCCUUCUCGUCAUCAUCACCCAAAGCUCCAUACUGUCCCUGCUGGCCAUCGCCAUCGACCGAUUCCUGCGCGUCAAAAUCCCCACCAGGUACAACAUCAUUGUUACACAGAGGCGGGCGUGGGUAGCUGUGGGUUUGUGCUGGCUCAUCUCUUUCCUGACUGGCCUGGUGCCUAUGGCCGGCUGGCACCGCACUCCACCUGAAAAUGUCACUACGACGCCCAUCCAAUGCCAGUUCACCAACGUCAUGCGCAUGGAUUAUAUGGUCUACUUCAACUUCUUUGUCUGGGUGGUGCUUCCCCUGACCAUCAUGAUCAGCCUCUACGCCGAGAUCUUCCACGUGAUCAAACGGCAGCUCAACCUUCGAGCCGAGGCCACUAGCGACUCCAGCAAGUACUACCGCAAAGAGCUGAAACUUGCAAAGUCGUUAGCGCUAGUUCUGUUUCUCUUUGCGCUCUGCUGGCUGCCCCUUCAUAUCAUGAACAGUAUUGUGUUUUUUUGCCCCACGUGCACUGUGCCCAAGAGUGCUUUUUAUGUGGGAAUCUUUAUGUCACACAUCAACUCCGCACUCAACCCGCUAGUGUAUGCCUUUCGCAUCCAGCGCUUCCGUGAUACUCUGAUUCAUAUCUUCCAGCGAUUCAUGCUCUGUAAAACCACCUCAACCAGCCCGAGCCAGCACGGUCCGGGACCAAUCACGGAGAAAACACAAGUUCAAUAGCAACUAAGACUAAAAGGGGGGAAUUUACUAAGUAUGUUUUAGCAUCUGAUUGACUAAAGGGACUAUUCAACUAUGUAACAGAAUAAAAACACAUAAAACUGUGCCAUGCAAUUUUGUAUUUUGCAUUCUUAUUCUGACCACUACAUUGUGGGGGAUGCUGACAUUACUGCAGUUCAUGCACCUGAAUCAGCUCUUUACAGUGCAGAAACAGCACUAGUCAACACUGUGUCUGGAAAUAUGCCCAGUUAUAAUGCUCUUCUACAUUAUUUGAUGAAUUACUGCAGCCGUGAUCACAGGAAAAUGGACACAAACAUCACUUUUCAAACGUAAUUUUUGUAAAUAUGGUGCAUUCCACGAUAAGCCUUAUUUGCAAAGCAAUGACCCAGACAGCAAACUGACAUUGAAUCAACGUGGAAAUGAC